UCGCGCUCUCAUGUAAUGUUUAUUAUUGCGCGGUCCACUCACCAGUUCGCUAUCAAAGAAUUUUUAACAAAGACGGAUAUAUAAUGCCUUUGGCCUGUUUUAAAAGUGUGUAUGCUGUUAGCAGUGAAGAUCCGUCCCACAAUGGAUCGAAUUUGCUCAAGGCGCAAUCCGGGAAGAAGUGGAAAACCAAGGAAAUUGGGGAGAAAUCAGCGCACAUCAUCCUACAACUUGAUAAGCCGCAGCAAAUUACAGGCAUUGACAUAGGAAACGAGCAGUCAGCGUUCAUAAUGGUCUCCGUGGGUAAACUGGCAUGCGACAAGGACGAGUUCAAGGAGAUCCUGAUAACGAGCUCAUUCAUGACUCCCAUUGAAAGUAAGAAUUCCACCAACAUCAACCGGGUCCGAUGCUUUGCUGCGAAUGCUCUAGUGGAGUCUGUGGCCAAGGAGAAGUGGGAACUUGUGAAAGUAACUUGCACGCAGCCGUUCAAUCGCCACGUGCAAUACGGACUCUCGUUCAUCACUCUGCAUGUAGCCGGCGACAAAACUUCCGAUGAUGAAGCGAAUCAAUCUAAAAACGUGGCCGACAAAAUGGACUCCUCGCGACUUGGACCACUGCAACUUCGUGAAGAUUCACCAGACUCAGAAAGCGAAUCAAGUAGUUCUCUCUUCAGCAGGUGGAAACAGUCGCGAACAAACCCUUUGUCAGCUGCGGCGGCUAUCCGCGCUGCUUCCAGUCCUUUAGCAUUGAAGACCAAUAGCAACUCGCUAAAGCCGUCAAGAGUGGAAAUAAGCAAUGCUAGCAAACCCAGCGUUCACAGUCCACCGAAAGACGGAACGCCCAAGGUUCGUGAUAGAAAUCGCAAUGAUUUGUUUUAUGAUGAAGAAGAUGACGCUCCUAACGAACGAUUGGAAAAGAAAAUGUCCGCAGAUCGGAAGCGUUCGGACAAAGAAAAGGGCUCUAGCGGCCAAGACAAAAGAAAACAUGAAUCUCAAACCAAAUCCGAAUCUGGUAGCGAACGAAAUAGUCGGAAAGAUGCGCCAAGCUCAUCCAGUAAAUCCCGGAAAGUUGAUUCUGCACAUCAUAGGAACCCCAGCGAAACCAGCAACGAAGGAGACGAUAGAGGCGUGAAGGCAAACAAACGUCACGAAAGCGAGGCAGGAACUAGCAGGAAGCGGCCAUCAUCCUCACCAAGCUCGCAAUCGCACAUUCCCCCGAAGAGAGUUAAGAAUGAAAAGCCAAUUCAGUACAAACCAUUUAAGAAUCUUAUGAGCGACGUCGUGCUCGUUAUCAGCGGGAUUCAGAAUCCCGACCGCGGCGUAAUCCGACAGAAGGCCAUUGAAAUGGGCGCUCGUUAUAAGCCAGACUGGACUGAUGGCUGCACGCACUUAAUAUGCGCAUUCAAAAACACACCGAAAUACAACCAAGUGAGGGGGAAAGGCAAAAUUAUCACGCGGCAGUGGAUUGAGAAGUGUCACAGCCUGAAGAAGCGACUACCUUGGCGGCGGUUCGCACUGGACGACCGUGAAGCUGAAAAACCCGAGAGCGAGGAUGAAAUCUUCGACCUGUCCCUUAGACCACCUGACACUUCAGAACCAGACACGAAGCCCCUCAGUCCCAGCUCCACAGGCAAGAGUCAACGAGAGGACCCAGCACCAGUUGAAGACUCAUCUGAAGAUGUAUUGGUCCUUUAUGACAACGGCGGCAAUCAGAGCUAUUUGGUUUCAUCUGGCUCGGACACUGACGAAGAACUAGAGAAAAUCGCAAGAACCAAAAACAAUGGCGACAAUGAACCGACCUCUGAACACGUAGCCAAAGCAGCAAGCAAAGAUUCACCGCCAGACAAGAAAGCCAAGAAGAAGAAAUUCAUUGUUUUCGAGGCCAGCACUGAAGAGGAUGAGAGCAUCAAAGUUCCAAAGCAACACCCAGAGUCACCAAAACUCUUCGAGGGGAUGAAAUUCUAUCUAAGCAGUCGCCUGCCAACCGCAGGCUUCUCCAAAACGAAGAAGUGCAUCGAACAAUUCCAUGGACAACUCAUCCAUACUUUAUCUGACGCAGACUACGUGAUAUCGACGGACAAAAUUGGAAUCGAUGCAGAGUUCAAGGGUGAAGUCGUCAGUCCCCUUUGGGUGCUUGAGUGUAGCGACAUGGAAUGCCGAGUCCCCACGCGCCGCUAUCUGGUAUGAACGCUGCCUGUUGCAAGUGUGAAAGUGAAUAAAUGACGUAGCAAAUAAACACUUCACUUCGACGCAAAACAAUGGAUUUUCGCAUAAAGGCUUUAUUAUAAGUCGAUUAAGUUAUCCUGAUCACUCGAAUUGAUUUGUAUUUCGCAAGCAUUUAGACUAUCAUUUCCAAUUCCCGUGCGUAGAAUAUCGCCUGCUCUGCAAGCUCCACCGCGGGAAGGGGCUCCUUCGGUUUCGCACUCUUUGUCACAAAAUAAUAAAUAUUGUCUUGCCCCAA